UCUAUGUUUUUUUUUUUAACCAUUCAAAAGUGUGUGUUCGUACGGGUAAAAAGUGUUUAAAUUUAAAUUGUCCUGCGAAACGGCUGCCCGCAAUAAAAGGAACUGCUUCCAGCGCUUAUUGCCCGCCCAGUGAGAAUGCCCGUCGCAGAAGUCAGCAGACCCCGGGGCAGAAAGCCAGCAGCAGCUUCCGUUUCCGCCUCCACAGCCCGGAGGCAAUCCGCACUCAGCGAGGAGGAGGACGAGACCAGUAAUGUUCAGCCAAUGGAACAGGACGAUGAAAGCAAUCGCGAUGAUUUCGAACUCGACGACGGCGAAGAGGAGGAGGAGCACAUUGACGAAGAGGACGAGGAUGAGGAGCCGGACAGUAACGAGACGAGCGAUCCGGAGGAACAGGUAGAGCCUCCGGCCUUUAGCCUGGCCACCCUGGGACUUCAACGCGUGGGCAGCGCCCCGCCUCCCAAGCCCAAAGUCCAGAAAGCCCCAAUAUUGACCCUGAACGCCCGCGGAAUGCCCGCUCGCAUACGGAAAAAGAACCGCCUCUUCUAUGACGAGAACAUCAUCAACGAUGACAAGCCGCUGCGCAUGAGUUUGGCACCUAAAAAAAUGCCCGGCAGACCGCCGCUCUCCGCCGGAGGAGGCUCUGCCCAGAAGAUCCCUCUCACGCCAUCCAAGGUGCUAAAGAAGCGCAAGGGUGUGGUUUCUCGCUAUAUGCGUUCUAGUGAACAGGGAUCCACCUCCAACUCCAGCAGCAGUCAGCCUCAGCAGGUGGGCAGGCAUAAGAAGACGCCAUCGAAGGCUCAGCAAGCGGUGGGUAAGCUGCCUUCAGCCAGCAAGCUUGCCUCUGGAGGACUUAAACCAGGUAGAGGAGCCCAUUUGGUUGGUAAAGGUGCCGUUGCAGCGGCAGCAGCUGCAGCAGCCGCUGAGGAGGAAGCCAGCCAAGCAGAGGCUGCAGCACUAGCCAACAAGCGUCUGGGCCAGUCCAUCGGUCUGAGACUGCGGAAUCUCCUCAAGUUACCCAAAGCGCACAAGUGGGCAAUAGCCGAAUGGUUCUACUCUUACAUCGAUAAGCCACUGUUCGACUGCCGAGAUGAAUUCAUGAACCAUGUGAAAGAGCUGGCACCCAAGCUGGGCACCCGGAGCCUAAAUCGCCACGAGUGGGUUAAUAUAAGGCGGAGGAUGGGAAGACCUCGUCGAUGCUCCGCAAACUUCUUCAGUGAGGAGCGCAAGGAAUUGGAAAGGAAACGCCAACUGAUGCGGACCCUGCAAUCGCGUAAACCAGGCGAGUUUAAAGACUCUAUGCUUCUGUCGGACAUGCCGGAAAAGAUACCAAUGCCACUGCCGCUGGGUACCAAGGUCACCGCUAGAUUGAGAACUCCCCAGGAUGGGAUCUUUGCCGGCACAGUAGCUGCAUAUGAUUCCCUGAACGCCAUGUACAGGGUGACAUUCGAGCGACCCGGCUUGGGCACACAUGCUAUUCCAGACUACGAGAUUGUCUCGGAGAACUUUCAUGAGAUGCUUCCGCUGCACAGCUUCACCAAGGAUUUCCGUCCGAAUUUGAUGAGCAUCUAUCAAACGAAUAACCUAGGCUUCACCACCAAUCUGGGCUUCACUGCCAAUCUCACCAACAACUAUCUACAGAAGAAGGAGAAGGGAGCCAAUGGAGGAGGAGGAGCCGUAUCGAACUAUUUCAAACCGCAGAAGCAUUUGGCCACCAACAAUGCAGCUGCACGGAAUGCGCUGAGCAUGAAGCUGAAUAAAAGCGAUCCCUUGCUGGGGCAGGAUUCCGUGGGUGAAAGUCCCAUACGGCAGCAGUUGGCCCGACAUCAUGCCUACUCCAGUACGUUGCUAGAGCAUCUGGUCCACCUAGAGAAGCAUAUUGCGAUAAAGACUGAUCGUAUCCAGCGGCUAAACAAAAUGAACGCCACCGCUGAACUGGCCAUGGGCGAGAUGGUAAGCCACGACGAGAAUGGCGAGCGCCAUCGUCGUAAGCUUGCUGAUAACUUUCAGCGACAGUAUGCCUUCAAUAUCGUGUGCAUCGAGCGCAUCAAUACCGAGCUCAUGUUCGAGUUGACCAAGGUGCAGGAGAUGGCCAACAGCUUGACGCACAAUCGCAAUGUCCAGGCCAUGAUGUCGCCGACAUAUCUGCGUGAGGAGUGCCGCGCCAAGGCCUCGAAAACGGUGGACGAAAUCAAUAAGGGACUGGUCAAGAAUCCGCGGAUGAUAAAGUUGCUGAAAAACCUUACCACGCUGCUGAUCGUGACCCAGAAUCUCGGUGGCGAUUUUGACGUGAGCGAGGUUAAUAAGGUGCUAGAGGGCUGCCUUGAGGAAGUGCGCAGCAAUCUCUUCAGCGGCGACAAUAGCUCGGUGUUCCAGAAGAGCGUCCAGGUGCGACUGGAAUACAUUGCCAUGGACAUCAGCAGAAGCUUGGAGGAGCACAGUUUGAGUCGCAUUGCAGAUGGCAACGAUGAUGUGAAAUCGAUCAAGUCCGAAGAGCAUAUUGAUGAGGAGGAGUUGAAUGAGAAUCAGGUGCAUGACCACAAACAAGGGGAGUCCAUGGAAGAAACCUCCAAGGCGAAAACAACAAAAAGCCCAAAUCAAGCUGAGAAGGACCAAAAGGAAGUUGAUAAGAAAGACCAAAACGACCAGCACAUGGACACAGAGUUGGAUGAGGAGGAGAAGCUGGACUCCGACGAGUCGGACAACGCCGAUCAUCUGAAUCUGCAGCACCAGGACGAGGAGCACGACACAGAGGAGCAGCACCUAGACCCGGAAGAACCAUCGCCUAAUCCGGCUGCAACAGAGGACACGCAGAUCACUAUUGAGUCGAUGAAGGAGUCCGACGAGGAGUUCCAAUCGGCUGCUGAAACAGAAGAGGAGGACGAUAUGGUAGGUUUGGAGCCGCUGAAAAUGGAGGGGGAGGAGGACGAGGAGUUCAUGUACGAGAAGUAGCCACUAAGGAUUAGCUGAGCUUCGCGUCAAAUGCCUAAUUUUUUAUUUAGUUUCGUUUUGCAGAUUAUACGCACGUAUAAGUGAAAAGUUUUUAAAAACAGGUUGCAAUACGAUAACGUAACAACACAACCCUCAAAGCUUUGGGAUUCUGUAACGUUUUUUUUUAUGUAUAGCACCCACUUUGUAAGAAAGUGUAUUUACGAUUUCAAGGAAAGCCUUCAAUAAAAAGAAGAGUAAACAAAAAA